AGUUCAACACAUUCAGUCCGCCGCGAGCAAUUGUAGGGGAUACAUUGUUGCUUGAUACGCGCUAUCGCAACGACAGUUUUUAUAUACUAUAUUAAUUAUCAAAUAAUAAUAAUUGUAUCUAUUAAACGUGCUACUGUAAAUUUAGAUAAGUGUUUUUUACAUUAUUAAUAAGUGUAACAAGUGGUCUUCGCGUUGCCCGCGACUCUUCCUUGGUAAAAUCGCUGAAGUGUAAAGAGACAAAAUGAACGGCUUAAACGGUCACACAAAUGGCGAGCUGAACGGCGCCGGCGACAUCAUCACUCAGAACCAACAGCGCGGCUGGUGGACCAUCGGUCUCAUCAACUCGCGAUACCGGUACCUCACCGCGGAGACCUUUGGAUUCAAGAUCAACGCCAACGGCACCAGCUUGAAGAAGAAACAGAUUUGGACCUUGGAGCCCGCCUCCGGGAGCGCUAACGACAGUAUGAUUUAUCUGCGCUCCCACCUGGACAAGUACCUCGCCGUGGACUCAUUCGGGAACGUCACCUGUGAAGCUGAUGAAAAGGAGCCCGGCAGCAAGUUCCAAAUCAGUGUAUCUGACGAUUCGUCGGGUCGUUGGGCGCUGCGGAACGUGGAGAGAGGCUAUUUCCUCGGCUCCAGUUCAGACAAGCUGACCUGCACUGCGAAGGUUCCAGGUGAUGCAGAACUUUGGCAUGUACAUUUGGCUGCCAGACCACAGGUAAACCUUCGGUCGAUCGGCCGUAAGCGAUUCGCCCAUUUGUCCGAAAGCCUGGACGAGAUUCACGUCGACGCCAAUGUUCCAUGGGGUGAAGACACCCUCUUCACACUGGAAUUCCGCGCUGAUGAGGGUGGCAAGUACGCCUUGCACACCUGCAACAACAAGUACCUUAGCGCACCUGGAAAGCUGCUGGACUCGUGUAGUGCGUCGUGCCUAUUUAGCGCAGAGUAUCACGCGGGAGCCCUGGCGCUCCGAGACGCCGAAGGGGCUUACUUGGCGCCCAUCGGGUCCAAGGCCGUGCUCAAGACGCGCUCUACUGCCGUCACCCGCGACGAGCUCUUCUCACUCGAAGACAGCCUGCCGCAGGCCGCGUUCGUUGCUGCCCUCAACGACAAAUAUGUGUCAGUUAAACAGGGCGUCGACGUGACGGCUAACCAAGACGAGAUUUCCUCGCACGAGACCUUCCAGCUGGAGUUCGAUUGGGCGACGAAGCGCUGGUACAUCCGAACUAUGCAGGACCGCUACUGGACUCUCGAGACCGGAGGCGGCAUUCAAGCCAGCGGAGACAACAAGUCUUCCAACGCGCUGUUCGAGCUGGAGUGGCAAGGAGGAGGCUCCGUGGCGUUCCGCGCCAACAACGGCAAGUACCUCACCACCAAGAGAUCGGGACAUCUCUACGCCAACACGGAUACCGUCGAAGACAACUGCAAAUAUUACUUCUACCUCAUCAACAGGCCGAUCCUGGUGCUGAAGUGCGAGCAAGGCUUCGUGGGUCCGAAGGGAGUGCGCAUGGAGUGCAACAAAGCCAACUACGAGACCAUUCAGGUGGUGCGGGGACCCAAAGGAGCGGUCUACUUCAAAGGCUCCAACAACAAGUACUGGCACGCGGACAGCGAGGCCGUCACCUGCGAUGCUGACGCGCCUCAGGGCUUCCACCUGGAGCUGCGCGAGCCGACCCGUUUGGCGAUCCGGUCCGCGGAAGACGGGCGCUACCUGGCGGCCGUCAAGAACGGCAACUUCCGCCUCGCCUCCGCCGACCUCUCCUCCGCCACGCAGUGGGAGUACUAAGCGUCGGCUCCCACUCCCGGCCCCCGCCGGGGGAUCGCGAGGGAUCCUCUCACGGGAGCGACGAAACCUUAUAAUCUUGGAAGUGUUUUUAUUCUUUGUCGAUACUCGAAAACUGCGUGUAAAAUAUUAAUUAACGUUUUCAAACGUCGUCUUUCACUAACCGCUUUUACGUCUGUUAAACGCGAGACCGUCUGUUAAUACUCUUCCCGUAGCUAUUUAAAUCUAAAUUAUUGAAUUUUACGUUAACGCGAGGCGCGAAACUUAAUUUAAUGUCGAAGUACGUGGCGGGUGCGCGGCCGAACGAGCCAAUCGGCUGAUUUGCAAAACAAUCCGCCGCUUCUGGGGAAGUUGAAGGUGAAACGGGAAUGUUUCGCAUUUGCCCGACGAGCGAAUUGAGCGCCUCUGCCCGGAUGCAUUUAGUAUGAUUAAGGUAUAUUUAUCGCAGAUUUGCGAAUGUGAUCGUAUGGAAAUAUCGCUUGUCUAAUUUUAUUAUUAUAAUUAUAAAUAUUUUAUCGCUAGAUCUGCCUUCAGGGUCGCUUACGAAUUAUUUUUUUUACGGGAUGCUUAAUUUAUAUUUGUGAAUUCGGGAUCACACAUACGAGAGUGGGCCCUCGUCUACGGAGCUGCUCCGGCGCACGAAGUCUGUCGUGAGAUGUGUAAUUAGUUAAGUUAACGUAAGCGACGUCGUAGAAUUAAGCAAGUGCUCCGAGAGGAGAACAGAGGAGAUGAGAGGAGAGUCCAUUCCAAAUUUUUACACGUAUUUUAUCCGCUGCGAGACGUCAUGAAAUCUGAAUAUACGAGGUGAUUACACUGAUCCUACAUUUAAAAUAUUUGUACGAUAAUGUCUUUUGUAAACUAUUUAAGUGAAUAAUAAAUUAUAAUCAUUUUGUGAA